UUGCUCCAAUAGGGUGGUGUGGGGAGGUUAUACAAAUAGCAUUCAUUGGAGUUCUGUUGUCGUGGAAGUUUUCUGAGCACACACACUUGUUCCAUAACGGAGCAUUGGUGUGUUGUAUUUUUAGCCCAGUAUAAGGUGUAUGAGCUCAGUCUGAAGAUGUCUCUUAUAGAAGGUCUUCUACAGACAUCAAGCACAGUGACACUGCUGGGUACUGUGCUGUUUCUGCUGGUCCUCUACCUCCGCUCCUCUGGUUCCAGCUCUGAGGAACAGGGGAAGGAGCCUCCAGGACCGAGGCCACUGCCCCUGCUUGGUAACAUGCUCCAGCUGGACCUCAAGAAGCCCUACUACACUCUCUGUGAGCUCUCCAAGAAAUAUGGUUCCAUCUUCACGGUUCACUUUGGAACCAAGAAAGUGGUUGUUCUGGCAGGAUACAAGACGGUCAAGCAGGCGCUGGUCAACCAGGCAGAGGACUUUGGGGACAGGGACAUCACUCCUGUGUUCUAUGAUUUCAACCAAGGACAUGGGAUUCUGUUUGCCAAUGGAGACUCAUGGAAAGAGAUGAGGCGCUUUGCCCUGACAACCCUUAGAGACUUUGGGAUGGGCAAGAAAGGGAGUGAGGAGAAAAUCUUGGAGGAAAUCCCCUACCUGAUUGAAGUGUUGAAAAAACAUAAGGGUAAGGCAUUUGACACCACCCAGCCUGUGCUUUAUGCCGUCUCCAACAUAAUCUCGGCCAUUGUCUACGGCAGCAGGUUUGAAUACACUGACCCACUAUUCACAGGCAUGGCAGACAGGGCCAAGGAGAAUAUUCACCUUUCAGGUUCUGCAUCAAUUCAGAUGUACAACAUGUUUCCCUGGUUGGGUCCGUGGAUAAACAACCUGACACGUCUGAAAAAGAAUAUUGCUGAUAUGAAGAUGGAGAUGACAGAGCUGCUGAGGGGCCUGAAGGAGACUCUGAACCCUCAUAUGUGUAGAGGCUUUGUGGACUGCGUCGUCCGAAAGCAAACCCUGGAGGUAUGAAGACUUCAUGCAGAU